UGCCGGUUCGGAAAUCUAAAUCGAUAUAGUCGACCGCAGAUACCACGGCGAUCGCGGAGUCCUCCGCAACUCAUCCGCUGCGCCCGGGAACGCAGUCAUGUUCACGCUGCAACCAACUCCGGCGGCCAUAGGCACCGUAGUGCCCCCUUGGUCAGCGGGAAGCUUAAUAGAGCGUCUACCGUCCUUGGAGGACAUGGCUCACAAGGACAAUGUGAUUGCAAUGAGAAAUUUACCCUGUUUGGGUACCGCUGGUGGUAGCGGACUAGGCGGUAUUGCCGGAAAGCCUUCCCCUACAAUGGAAGCCGUGGAAGCCGGCCCAGCGUCACAGCCACAUUCGACAUCGUCGUACUUCGCCACGACCUACUACCAUUUGACUGAUGAUGAAUGUCACAGUGGAGUAAACCAGUUGGGCGGCGUUUUCGUCGGUGGCAGACCCCUGCCGGACUCAACACGACAGAAAAUUGUCGAGCUGGCCCACUCUGGAGCACGGCCAUGUGAUAUUUCUCGAAUUCUGCAAGUUUCCAACGGAUGUGUGAGCAAAAUUCUCGGCAGGUACUACGAAACUGGAAGCAUACGACCUCGUGCCAUUGGUGGAUCGAAGCCACGUGUGGCAACAGCCGAAGUGGUUAGCAAAAUUUCGCAAUACAAGCGCGAGUGCCCGAGCAUAUUUGCGUGGGAAAUCAGGGACAGAUUACUUCAGGAGAACGUUUGUACCAACGAUAAUAUUCCAAGUGUAUCGUCCAUUAACCGCGUCCUGCGAAACCUGGCAGCCCAAAAGGAGCAGCAGAGCACGGCAGCCAGUAGCUCGGCCACAUGCACGGGCACGGGCACAUCCACAUCCACGGGUGGAUCCACAUCCAGCGCCAAGGUGGCAGCCAGUGGCAGCGGCUCAACCGGACCCAGGACCGCCCACCCACUGACCCUGACCUCCCCCUCCGCCGAUCUCAUGCAGACUGCCACGCCCCUGAACUCCUCGGAGAGCGGCGGCGCGAGCAACUCCGGCGAGGGCAGCGAGCAGGAGUCGAUCUACGAGAAGCUCCGCCUCCUGAACACCCAGCACGCGGCCGGUUCGCUGGACGCCUCGAUAGCAGCCCCACUGGUGGGCCAGGCACCCGGCCACUUUGGGUCCCACUCCAGCCACAGUCACAGCCACAGUCACGGUCUCGGUCACGGUCACGGUCACAGUCACGGCCACCCACUCAACCAGCUGGUGCACGGCGGCCAGCAGGUGCUCCAGCAGCAGCAGCAGAGCUGGCCGCCCCGCCACUACUCGCCCGGAUCCUGGUACUCCGCCUCCCUGGGCGGCGGGGAGCUGCCCGUCUCGGCGACGCCCAGCAUCGCCUCUUCGGCGGCGUAUGCGUCGAAUCCGCCGCUCGCCCAGCCCCUCAGUCCGCCGAACGACGUCGCCGGCGCAGGUCUGGCCAGCGGCGGCCACCUGAGGAGCUGCCCCGGGACCUCGGAGGACCUUCACUUGAAAAAGGAACUUGAUGGUCAUCAGUCCGAUGAAACUGGCUCCGGUGAAGGUGAAAACUCCAACGGUGGGGCUUCAAAUUUGGGAAACAAUGAGGAUGAUCAAGCUCGGCUAAUACUUAAGAGGAAGUUGCAGCGCAAUCGAACAUCUUUUACUAACGACCAGAUUGAUAGUUUGGAAAAAGAGUUUGAACGAACACACUAUCCUGAUGUUUUUGCGCGCGAACGCUUGGCUGGUAAGAUAGGCUUACCAGAGGCGAGAAUCCAGGUUUGGUUUUCCAACCGCCGAGCAAAGUGGCGCCGUGAGGAAAAGCUGCGCAACCAGCGAAGGACACCAAAUUCCAUUGGCGCCAGUGGAACCUCCUCCUCGACGUCAGCAACUGCUUCCUUGACAGAUAGCCCCAACAGCAUGAGCGCUUGUUCCUCCCUGCUGUCCGGAUCGACGGCCAAUCCCUCAGUCAAUACUAUUAAUGGCUUAUCCUCGCCAAACACAUUGUCCACCAGUGCUGGUGCCCCAGCGGUUGGUGCUGCCAUUGAGAGUACCGGCAGCCCAACGCCAACCCAGCACAUUAGAUCCGGGUGCUCCUCUGACUUGGACGCCGGACGACACAGUGAAGACUGCAGAAGACCCUGCUCCUCUUGUCCCCUGGGGGUUCCCAGUCACCAAAGCACGCACCACCACCAGAGCAAUGGCCACACCCAAGCCCAUGCUCAUGCACUUGUUCCUGCUAUUUCACCGCGACUUAACUUUAAUGGCGGCGGCUUCGGUGCGAUGUACUCGAACAUGCACCACACGGCCUUGUCGAUGAGCGAUACUUAUGGACAAACUCUUUCUUUCAGAACGGUUACGCCCAUUCCGAGCUUCAACCACUCAUCCGUGGGUUCCCUGGCUCCGCCCUCACCCAUAUCGCAACAGGGCGACCUCACGCCUCCCUCUCUAUACCCGUGCCACAUGACCCUACGACCUCCGCCCAUCGCUCCACCCCACCACCACAUCGUGGCGAGUGACGGAGGAAGUCCUGCGGGAGGAGGCAUAGGAAAUGCGCAGUCGGUGAACCUGGGAGCGAGCUGCAGUGGGUCGGGAUACGAGGUGCUCUCCGCCUACGCGCUGCCACCGCCGCCGCUGCCGUCGAGCAGUGCGCCCGCAUCAAACUUCGCCGCUUCCGCCAGCAGCAGCGGCCACAAUAGCAUGCCCCAGGAGCCAUGCCCCUCGCCCUGCAGCUCCAACUCGAACCACUUGGGAGUGGGCCACGGGUCCGUGUUUGCGACUGACCCGAUCUCGCCGGCCGUCUCUUCAUAUGCACACAUGAGCUACAACUAUGCGACGGCCGCCAACAAUGGGACGCCCUCCGCCGCCGGCGGAUCCGCGGCGCACGUGGCUCCAGGAAAACAGCAGUUCUUCGCCUCGUGCUUCUAUUCACCUUGGGUCUAGGAACGUAACGUGAGCCAGCAGGAGGAAACUUCAUUACGGACUAUUUACAUAAGUGUAAUUCGCCCUCUAUCCAAAGGAGGUCAUAAUAAAUCGAAUUUACAUAUCUCUUACAAAAUAAUAGAGGUUGUAGAAAAAUGCAUAUUUAUGUGUAAAUUAUAUAGUUCCGCCCAUUAAAUCCAAUCUAUAGUGUAG